CCUUGACUGCCGAGUUCAUUGUUUCCAAGUCGAAUAUAAAAACUCGAAGCGGACCCGAUCUUGAGCUUUCCUCCUUCACCUCUAGACUCUCACAUCAAAACAACUACACUACCAUAAGCUUCAACUACAUUCGACUUCUUCGAAUACCAAUUUACAUUUUGCAACCUUCAAAAACUCAGCUGGUCAACAACCUGAUAACUGCAAGCUGUUGCAUUCGCCACACCCAGCGUCUUUUUCAGCUUCACAUCAGAAGCCCAAAAGUAUCUCGACAACCAAGCAGUACGACCUCCGCACGUUUUUCAAAAUGCCCAACUGGAAGACUUACGAAAGCUCCGUCCGCCUCCUCUCCGCCAUCCUCGCCGCGCACCCCGAUCUCAAACUCAACUACGCUGAAAUCGCCAAGGCAUUUGGGGGAGACUGUACCAAAUGGGCGAUCGACAACCGCUUCAGAUCUUUGAAGACUGAUGCAAAGAGAAUCGGUGAUGCCCUGGCAUCUGGCCUCGAUCCAAUCAGCCUUGACAUCCCUUCGGGUGCCAAGGGCAGGAACCCAUCAAUUGCAGAUAAUGCCGCCCAAAAGGCCCCGAGAACGCCUAAGAAGAAGGCCGUGAAGAAGAAUGUAUCGGAUGAGGAUAAUGAGGAUGAAGAGGAGCCGGAGAUCUCUCCGUCCAAGUUCACACCCAAGGAGUCGCUGAACAAGACCAAAGGAGGCCGUGUCUCCAAGGCCCGCACCCCCCGCAAGGCCGCUGCUGCGAUUCCAACCUACGUCGAGUCAGAUGCGGAGGAGGACGAAGAUGAUGAUGACAAUGCCGACGAGUAUACCGAGGAGAAGGUUUCAAGCAUUGUGGUCAAAUCCGAGUCGAAUGAGUAUGGCGCGGUGACUCCAAACCACGGCCAGGAAUCUCAAAACUUUGCGGCUGGCGAUCAUGCUGGAAACAGUUUCGGUCACCACAGCUUCUCCAGUGGCUUUGCGAACGGAAAUUCCAAUGGCCACUCCAACGGCCACUCCAAUGGCCAACUCGGUGGCUAUGAUAUGGAAGAUGAAGACGAGUUUCACGAGGCUCGCAACAACCAGUUUGGCAUCGGUUACGACGACGAUGCUGUCUAAAUUGCUCCUUCAAGCUCGAGGUUGUUUGCGACGCUGGCUUUCCAAACAUCAAUUUGCGAACCAAGCCCGAGCGGAGGGUUCACACAACUUCUUUUCUUCGUCAAUGAGCAGAGCGGCAUCCUUGGAGAGAUCGUUUCGAUUCAGAAACAUAUACACCUGGGUUUGAUCAUGGAGUUUAUAUACCUGAGCUAUGGCCAGAAGAAUUUUAUGGGCUUUGAUUAUGGAGUUUAUUCGUCUUGGGUUAUGAUGAUGGAGUCCAAGCACCGGGAUUUCGAAAAAUGGGUUCUCAGAUAUUUGAUUUUUUACAUUCGACACUCGCCAAAAGGUCUUUAAUUUUCAUCGAUUCGACACUUGCCAAAAGGUCUUUAAUUUUCAUCGACUGGACCAAACCGGCACAACUCUGCAUUUUGUUAUUGAUUCUCUUUCUGUGGCACUCCCAUGCCAUGAGUGCUUCUUUACUGGAACCACUGGAAGAGCUUGGGAUCGGAAGAUCUGGUGGCAUUUGUUACUGGGCUGAGAUCUUUGCGAUGUUUUGCGGAGUCUGAGGCUCAUGGAUUAUGGAGUCUACCACAUUCACUCGAUACACCGAAUUCAAUGGGAGGAAUCAGCGAAAAAGUCACGCAUUCAGAUAUCGUGGAUACGAAAGCACUCAACAAUUAAGCAUUCAGAUAUCGUGAAUAUGAAAGCACUUGACAGUCAACAG